AUUUCUCUGUUUGGUUUAUGUAAGAAUCCCACACACUUGAUGUAAAAAAAAAAAAAUUCACACACCUUCAAUUAUGUGAACAAAUGAUCUACUCUAACGGUAAAGCUAAAAACAAGCGAAAUACCUAAAUAUAAUCAAAUUAGGUAAUAAAAAUUAUAGUUGGCACCAUCGUUGGGUUUUACUUCUUCAAAUUUGAUUUCUUAGACUUCUAAAAGCACCAAUAUACUUUCAACUAAAUAGUUUUUGAUCUCAACUAAAUCUCUUUCAAGUACAUUUUAUACUCGAAUAUACACACAAUUAUCGCAUUGUUGUUGUUGUAAAAAUGUACGUACAUUGUACUACACACGAACUCCAACCCAAGAAAAAAUCCCUUAUAAUUACCCUAACACUACUUGCACACACACACACAGCCAAAACCUUACCUAUCAAGUUAAGAAUAUUUCUAAACAAUAUGAACGGCAUGAGUGGAUCUUCUUCGGUGGCUCCUGCACCUUCGCCGUCGGAUUUCUUCCAACAUCGCCACCGUCAUCAUGGUGGCAUGAUGCACAUGACUUUCUUUUGGGGAAAAAACACCGAGGUUCUAUUUGACGGCUGGCCAGGGACCAGUCUGACUAUGUAUUGGGUCUGCCUAGCCGCCAUUUUCGCAUUUUCAGCAUUGUCAGAAUGGAUUUCGCGGUGCGGGGUCAUGAAAGCCGGUCCGGCUACCUUUGGCGGCGGGAUAGUCCAGACGGUGGUUUACACUGUGAGGGCUGGUUUAUCUUAUUUGAUCAUGUUGGCUGUAAUGUCAUUCAAUGGAGGAGUCUUCUUGGCUGCAAUGGCUGGCUUUGGAUUAGGGUUUAUGAUUUUUGGAAGUAGGGCUUUUAAGGACACUGCUGGUAAUCACACUCACACCGACGUUCAAUCACAUUGUUGACUUCCGAUGAGCAUAUAAUAAUAAUGAAAAUAAAAUCACAUUUUGGGAAUUCAGUAUAUUUAUUCUCUUUUUUUUUGAACGACUAUUCUCAUUUAUGGUCUUGUUUAGGUCUAAUAUUUUGUGAUCAGUUUUAGUUCAAUAAAAACGUUGAUCUACAUAACUAUCUCUCUUUGGUGAUUGUGCAGAAGUCAUAUUUUUCCUGGAUUUGUUUAAUGUAAUUUUGUUAUAUAUCUUUGGUCAACUUAUGUAUACCUAAUUACUUGCGAUAUGCAAGCAAGAAUUCUAUAUUGAUGUCACUCUUCGAAUGAAAAUAAAGUAAAUAUUUCUGCCUCUUUUAUCGGAUUUCUCAGAUUUGUUUGUUUUGUUUCUAUUAAGCAGAUAUUUAGGGAAAACUAGUUUGGAUAUAAAAGAAAAGACGUCAUGGGCCUAGAGGAAUAUAUAGUUGCUUGGAUCAAUUGCUAUAGAAAUGCGUAGAUAAAAACCCAUACAUUACUUGUCGGUGCAAGUAAACAAUGAAAAGAAAAAGAAGAAAACAAAGAGAAGUCACAUGAGAGUGGAGCAAUGUACACCGUCACUGGCUCACAAUUAAUUUGAGUAAUGGCAAAACGUGAGUGCACAUGAACCUUAUAAAGUGAAAGUAAAGAAUAAGUGCACAUGAACCUUCCAAAGUGAAAGUACGAAGAAUACGAAGAAGUCGGCGGAUUUAAGACCAGCCACGAGGCCACCACGAGCAUGUCAUAUUUUUUCACAUUUCCACACACCUUAACGCGUUCCGUUGGAUGAAC